AUGAACUUUGAGGACGUGGCCAUUGCCUUCUCUCAGGAGGAGUGGGAGAUCCUUGAUGAUGCUCAGAGAUGUCUGUACUGUGAUGUGAUGCUGGAAGUGUUUACACUUGUAUCAUUCGUAGGUCCUUGGCAUAAAAUAGAUGAUGUGGAGGCCUAUUCUGAGCACAGUGUAUCUGUAGGAGAUUCUCACGUCAGGGCUUCCAAAACAGCUGCAGCCACCCAGAGGACCCAUCUGUGUAAGCUGUGCUUCUCAGUGUUAAAAGAUAUUUUGCACCUGAGUGAGUUACAAGUGGUUCACUUUGAGAAGAAUGUGUUCUUAAGUGAUGCGUGUGUGAGAGACUUGUGUUUCAGUGCAAACCCUCACCAGCAACAGAAGGAUGCCAGUGGAGAGAAGCCCUGGAAAGAAGAUAUGGAGAGUGCCUUGCUUGUGAGGAGUUGCAGCUUCUACUUAUCUGGGGUGCCUGCAGCAAGUAUACAGGCUGGGGAAGACUCCCCAGCCAUCUCAGGACUUCUCCAGCACCAGGCCACUCUUAACACUGAGGAGCCACACAGUAACAAUGAGAUUUCACAGGAAUUUCUCAGUGGAAAAAGGCAUCACCAGUGGGUAGAAUGUGAAACAGCCGUCAGCCAGAAACAGAAAGUUGCUUAUCAGAAAGGUCUCUGCUCUGGAGAUAUGAUUGAUGAGUAUAAUAAAUGUGGGGAAGUGUGUAGACGAAUAUUUAACCACCCUCAACAUGCGAGAGUUUACACUAAAGAAAAGCCCUAUGAGUGUACUGAUUGUGGGAAGGUCUUCAAUGAAAGUACUGCUCUCAUUAAACACAACAGAGUUCACAUUAGAGAAAAGCAGUGUGAGUGUAGUGACUGUGGGAAGUCCUUCAGGAAAAGGUCUCACCUCACUAUGCACCACAGAGUUCACACUGGAGAAAAGCCAUAUGAGUGUAGUGAAUGUGGGAAGUCCUUUAGUCAAAGGUCUUCCCUCACUCUACACUACAGAGUUCACACUGGAGAAAAGCCAUAUGAGUGUAGGGAAUGUGGGAAGCAUUUCAGUCGAAGAGCUAACCUCACUCUACACCACAGAGUUCACACUGGAGAAAAGCCAUAUGAGUGUAGGGAAUGUGGGAAGCAUUUCAGAGAAAGGAGUGCACUCACUAAACACCACAGAGUUCACACUGGAGAAAAGCCAUAUGUGUGUAGUGAAUGUGGGAAGCAUUUCAAUGAAAGGGCUUCCCUCACUGAACACCACAGAGUUCACACUGGAGAAAAGCCAUAUGAGUGUAGUGAAUGUGGCAAGUCCUUUAGUCAAAGGUCUCACCUCACUAGACACCACAGAGUUCACACUGGAGAAAAGCCAUAUGAGUGUAGUGAAUGUGGGAAGCAUUUCAGUGAAAGGGAUUCCCUCACCAAACACCACAGAGUUCACACUGGAGAAAAGCCAUAUGAGUGUAGUGAAUGUGGCAAGUCCUUUAGUCAAAGGUCUCACCUCACUACACACCACAGAGUUCACACUGGAGAAAAGCCUUAAAUGUGCAGGGAAUGUUUUAUUUUUCUCACUUAUAAGAACACUUACGGGGCUCUAUAGGACCAUUUCCAUGAAUGUAAACCCCUUUUAUGGGAACAUACACUCUGCUAGAUUCCUCAUAAAUUUGAGGUACAAGUGAAACUUGCAGGAACUGUAUUGUACUUGCUAACAUGCCUAGACCUACGACCCAAAUGAUGUCACUGUGAGUGUUUAUCGCUGAAGAGAUUUCACCUCUAACACCUGGCU